UGCAAGACUGCUUCCGGGGCAGGGGGCGGGGCUGCCGGAAGUAGCCGGAGACGUCUGCUGCUCCUUGUUUAAGCGGAUGAAGGAAAGAGAAACCAGACCUCUGGCGGCUCCACGGAGCGAUAGUCAGGAUUACUAGACCUCGAACUGUUGCUAACCUCUGGACGAGCCAGAAGCCAGGAGUACCAGCUGUGGAGCGGCGGGGCUAGGCGCCCGCUUGCCUUUUGAUCUCAUCAUGUCGCGGGGCUCCAUCGAGAUUCCCCUCCGGGACACUGACGAGGUCAUUGAACUUGACUUUGAUCAAUUACCAGAGGGAGAUGAAGUUAUCAGUAUUUUGAAACAGGAACACACACAACUGCACAUAUGGAUUGCUUUGGCGCUGGAAUACUACAAGCAAGGAAAAACAGAAGAGUUUGUAAAGUUGUUGGAAGCAGCACGUAUAGAUGGCAAUUUGGACUACAGAGACCAUGAAAAAGACCAGAUGACCUGCUUGGAUACAUUGGCAGCCUACUAUGUACAACAGGCUCGGAAGGAAAAGAAUAAGGACAAUAAGAAAGAUCUUAUUACACAGGCAACCCUGUUGUAUACAAUGGCUGAUAAAAUUAUUAUGUAUGAUCAGAACCACUUGCUGGGGAGAGCCUGCUUCUGCCUUCUUGAAGGCGACAAAAUGGAUCAGGCCGAUGCACAGUUCCACUUUGUGCUCAACCAGUCUCCAAAUAAUAUUCCAGCCCUUCUUGGUAAAGCUUGCAUUUCAUUCAACAAGAAGGAUUACAGAGGAGCUCUUGCUUACUAUAAGAAAGCAUUGCGUACUAACCCAGGAUGUCCAGCGGAAGUUCGUUUAGGAAUGGGCCAUUGCUUUGUGAAACUUAACAAAUUGGAGAAAGCUCGUCUCGCAUUCAGCAGAGCACUGGAACUCAACUCCAAAUGUGUGGGAGCAUUGGUUGGACUGGCUGUGCUAGAGCUCAACAAUAAAGAGGCUGAUUCCAUCAAAAAUGGGGUCCAGCUUCUUUCCAGAGCCUAUACUAUUGAUCCUAGCAACCCUAUGGUAUUGAACCACUUGGCAAAUCACUUUUUCUUCAAAAAGGAUUAUAGUAAAGUCCAGCACCUGGCCCUGCACGCGUUCCAUAACACCGAAGUGGAGGCCAUGCAAGCCGAAAGUUGCUACCAGCUGGCUAGGUCAUUCCACGUUCAGGAAGAUUACGACCAAGCUUUCCAAUACUACUAUCAGGCCACACAGUUUGCCUCAUCCUCUUUUGUGCUGCCAUUUUUUGGUUUGGGACAAAUGUACAUUUAUCGAGGUGACAAAGAAAAUGCAUCUCAGUGCUUUGAGAAAGUUUUGAAAGCUUAUCCUAAUAAUUAUGAAACUAUGAAAAUUCUUGGCUCUCUGUAUGCUGCCUCAGAAGAUCAAGAAAAGCGAGAUAUUGCCAAGGGCCAUUUGAAAAAGGUCACAGAACAGUAUCCUGAUGAUGUGGAAGCUUGGAUUGAACUGGCACAAAUCUUAGAACAGACUGAUAUACAGGGUGCCCUUUCAGCCUAUGGAACAGCAACACGGAUCCUUCAGGAAAAAGUACAGGCUGAUGUCCCCCCAGAGAUUCUGAACAAUGUGGGUGCCCUCCAUUUUAGACUUGGAAAUCUAGGAGAGGCAAAGAAAUAUUUUUUGGCAUCAUUGGAUCGUGCAAAGGCAGAAGCUGAGCAUGAUGAACAUUAUUAUAAUGCCAUUUCUGUUACAACAUCAUACAAUUUAGCCAGGCUGUAUGAGGCGAUGUGUGAAUUCCAUGAAGCAGAAAAACUUUAUAAAAACAUCUUACGAGAACACCCUAACUAUGUUGACUGCUAUCUGCGCCUAGGAGCCAUGGCUAGAGACAAAGGAAACUUUUAUGAGGCUUCAGAUUGGUUUAAGGAAGCUCUUCAGAUCAAUCAGGACCAUCCAGAUGCUUGGUCUUUGAUUGGUAAUCUUCAUUUGGCGAAGCAAGAAUGGGGUCCAGGCCAGAAGAAAUUUGAGAGGAUAUUGAAACAACCAUCUACGCAGAGCGACACUUACUCUAUGUUGGCCCUCGGCAAUGUCUGGCUCCAAACUUUGCAUCAGCCCACUCGAGACCGAGAAAAGGAAAAGCGUCAUCAAGAUCGUGCUCUGGCCAUCUACAAGCAAGUACUCAGAAAUGAUGCCAAGAAUCUGUAUGCUGCUAAUGGAAUAGGAGCUGUUUUGGCCCACAAAGGGUAUUUCCGUGAAGCUCGUGAUGUAUUUGCCCAAGUGAGAGAAGCAACAGCAGAUAUCAGUGAUGUGUGGUUGAACCUAGCUCACAUCUACGUGGAGCAGAAGCAGUAUAUCAGUGCUGUUCAGAUGUAUGAAAACUGCCUCAGAAAGUUCUAUAAGCACCAGAACACUGAAGUUGUGCUCUAUCUGGCCCGCGCCCUCUUCAAGUGUGGCAAGCUGCAGGAGUGCAAGCAGACUUUGCUGAAGGCUAGACACGUGGCACCCAGUGAUACAGUUCUCAUGUUUAAUGUGGCUUUGGUCCUACAAAGAUUAGCUACCUCUGUCCUCAAAGAUGAGAAGAGUAAUCUGAAGGAAGUACUUAAUGCUGUGAAAGAACUGGAACUUGCACAUAGAUACUUCAGUUACUUGAGUAAAGUGGGAGAUAAAAUGAGAUUUGAUCUGGCCCUGGCCGCCACAGAAGCCAGGCAGUGCUCGGACUUACUGAGCCAGGCUCAGUACCACGUGGCCCGGGCACGCAAGCAGGACGAAGAAGAGAGGGAGUUACGGGCCAAGCAAGAGCAAGAAAAAGAACUGUUAAGGCAAAAACUUCUCAAAGAACAGGAAGAGAAACGUCUCAAAGAGAAGGAAGAGCAAAAGAAACUUCUAGAACAGCGGGCCCAGUAUGUUGAGAAGACCAAAAACAUUCUUAUGUUUACUGGAGAGACUGAAGCAACAAAAGAAAAGAAACGAGGUGGAGGUGGUGGGCGGCGUUCUAAGAAGGGAGGAGAGUUUGAUGAAUUUGUCAAUGAUGACUCUGAUGAAGACCUGCCAAUAUCCAAAAAGAAGAAAAGAAGAAAGGGCAGUGGUAGUGAGCAAGAAGGUGAAGAAGAGGAGGGUGGCGAGAGAAAGAAGAAGAAGAGGAGAAGACCUCCAAAGGGAGAAGAAGGGUCCGAUGAUGAAGAAACGGAAAAUGGCCCCAAACCGAAAAAGCGCCGGCCACCAAGAGCGGAGAAGAAGAAGACGCCCAAGCCCGAACGUCUGCCUCCUUCAAUGAAGGGAAAAAUAAAAUCCAAAGCCAUAAUAUCAUCGAGUGAUGAUUCUUCGGAUGAGGAUAAACUGAAGAUUGCUGAUGAAGGACACCCCCGCAACAGCAACAGCGACUCCGAUGAGGGCGAACCGCGGGAGAAACGAGCCUCCUCGGAGAGCGAUUCAGAUGACAACCAGAACAAGUCUGGCAGCGAGGCCGGCAGUCCCGGGACGCCCCGGAGACAGGGGUCAGACGAGGACUCGGACAGUGACCAGGCGUCCAGGAAGAGAAGGCCCUCGGGUUCUGAGCAGUCCGACAACGAGUCGCUGCAGUCCGGCCGAAGCCGCUCUGGCGGCUCUGAGGCUGACUCGCGUCCGGCCUCCCCGAGCGCCGAGUCCGAUCGGGAGUCGGAGAGAGGGUCUGAUAACGAGGGCUCUGGGCCAGGCUCUGGGAACGAGUCGGAGCCAGAGGGAUCCAACAACGAGGCCUCAGAUCGGGGCUCAGAGCACGGCUCAGACGAUAGUGACUAGGCUGUAUUUCAUACGUAAGCCUCAUCUCUGGAGGAAACUUUUUUAAUAUAUGAAAGCUGUGAUAAACGUUUCAAAUGUUUAGUCAGACAGUUGUGACAUUUUUCCUAAGGCAGUUUUUUUUCUAUCCGUUUGUAUAUUACUGAGCCCCCACGAGACAUUUCCUGUGCUAGAAUCCAAUAUUUGAAUCUCUUGUGCAGAUGAAGAAUGUGACUCUUCUUCAUUAUGGUACAGUUCCACCUAUCAUAUGUGAAAACUGCAGUAAAGAUAAACCCAGCUGCUAAAUCAUUCCUACAGAGGUUUGAACCUGUGGCAGAAGUCUCAACUUCUUUGUGUAUUAGGCAGCAUCCAGUUUUGACUUUCGUUGCUAUCUUUUCCCAAGUGGUGCAAGAAACUUGGCAUUAAUGUCUGUGUACCAUUUUACUCUUAGAUUGAGAGAAUUUUAUUUGCUGGAGGAAGCGGUAUCUACUGUAUAAUUGUACCAAAGUACAAAUGAAAGGAAGGUUCUCUUCAGUAGUGUAAUCCUGCAGCCAUGUAGAUAAAUUGCAAAUGUAUACUUCAUUGGGUUGGAUAAGAUGUAGAAAAAUGCUUUUCUGGUAGUAGAAUGCAAAAAGCUACCUAAGCUACGUAAUAAAAUUCUUUUACCAAC